UCACGACGUCACUCUGCGCACGUGAACAGUAGCAGGUCCGGGUUAGGCCACGCCCCCUGCGACUCACCUGCUGGCGGACGGUGACACGAACAAGAUGAACGAAAUGAUCUUAAAAUCAGCUGAGGAACAUUCGGAACCCACUUUGCCACACACGUCAGUGGUGAACUUGAACGUGGGCGGUCACAGGUUCUGCACCACACUGAGCACGCUCAGAAAGUACCCCACCUCCAAGCUGGCCGAGUGGUUUGGGGCCCCGUCCAAACUGCUCAGGGACGGAGAGGGACACUACUUCUUGGACCGAGACGGCUCACAUUUUGGCGCCGUCCUGGAGUACCUCAGAUCGGACCGACUUCCCACUGAGAACUUGCAGCAGGUUCACAAGGAGGCGGUCCACUACAACAUCACGGCGCUGAGCAAACGCUUGGAGGAAAGCCCGCUUCUGUUUGGAGAGCUGGUGGGAAGGAAGCAGUUCCUCUCCAGAGUUCCUCACUACAAGGAGAACAUUGAGGUCCUGACUCGCAUCGCCCGCGCCGAGGCCGUGGCUUCCCGCUACUCCAGCAUCAUGAUCUGCGUGUUGCGAACGCAGGAGGAUUUGGGUUGCUAUGACAACGCCAUCAACAGCUUGGACGCCUCGACAAGGAACAAGGAAUCAGUGGUGACGUUCGGACCCUGGAACGCCGCCCCCUCGGCCAAAGACCUGCUGGACUGCAUCAGGAAGGACAUUGAGAGUCAGGGCUACACGGUGCACAUCCAACCUCACGUCAUGGAGAAGAACUUCCUGUCACGCAGCUACAACUUCUUCUACACGCUCACGUUCACCUGGUGGUGACCCCACAAUUCAACUCCUGUCCGAAACGAUAAAUUUUACAGUAGGUCCACUGUGAGGUCGGAAGAUUAUAAAACGGUUGGUUUGCAAACAUGUUGCACUGUUUUCUUCUUCUUUGUGUGCAUGGUGGAAAAGGAACUAUUCCGCACCAGAUCAUGUACAACUACCCACAUGUGAUUUUUGAUGUUGUUGCACCUUGUGGGGCGUAACAAGGUAUGGUAAGUAAACAUGACGGUGGUAUUGCUGAGGCCGACACUGAAA